UUGUUUAGAGCAGGAACACCUGAUCCUGCCCGAGGGUAUGUUCCACAACAUAACUGGACUGCCCAGCCACAAGCUUUGUGUGUGUGUGGUUGGAUUCUCAGACACAUGUCUGAGCCCCCUAUCUCUUCUUGCUGCGAAGCACUGGAUGCUCAAGCUGCUCUUCUCUAAGGACUUCCUCCUCUUCAAGAUUGUUAAGUAGGAAGAACUACCAUGGGAUCUGCCAUCUCAAAAGAGGUCGUAAGACGUGAAUUGGAAAAGAUGAAGGCAGCUUUGGACAAAAAUGACCUGUCAGAUGUGAUAAAACAAAGUAGCAUUAACUUGAGUUUAUUGAAGAACACCACCCUCGACAUUGCAAUUACAGGGGUGUCGGGGGCUGGAAAAUCAUCUCUUGUCAAUGCCCUGCGAGGAAUGACAGAUGAUAAAGAAGGUGCAGCUGAGACUGGAGUAACGCAAACAACAAUGGAGGCAAAGAGAUAUCCACAUCCCACGUCCCCCAAAGUAACAAUAUGGGAUCUUCCAGGAAUUGGGACACCUCAAUUUAAAGCAAAGGAAUACCUGCAGAAGGUAAAUUUUAAGAAGUAUGAUUUCUUCUUGAUUCUUGCCUCAGAACGCUUCACAGAGAAUGACGUUCUGCUAGCUCAAGAAAUUAAUAAAAUGAAGAAGAAGUUUUACUACUUGCGCACCAAAGUGGAUGUCAGUAUAGAUUCUGAAAGAAGGAAACGAAACUUUAACGAGGAAAAAACUCUUGAGAUGAUAAGGAAAGAUUGCUGUGAUUAUUUGACAAAGGUAGGAGAAUCUAAUCCAAGGGUUUUCCUUAUCUCCAGAUGGAAUUUGAAUAUGUACGAUUUCCCAUACUUGAAAGAGACUUUGGAAAAUGACCUGGAUGAGCAAAAAAGGUAUGCUUUAAUUACAACAAUGCCAAAUUUCUCAAGAGAAGUCCUGAGGAAGAAGAAGGCUGCUAUGGAGGCUCUUAUAUGGCCACUAUCCCUUGUGUCCUGUGCUAUUGGGGCAAUUCCUGUCCCUGGCCUCUCUACUAUUUGUGAUAUUGGCAUCUUGGUAGGAACAAUGAUCGAUUUCUGCAAGGUCUUUGGCUUAGAUGAAGAAUCCCUCAAAAGACUUGCAGACCGUGUUGGGAAACCCGUUCCUGUGUUGAGAUCAGCUAUCAAAAAGUCCCGAGUGUCCAAUGAAAUCACCCGCGGAUUUGUAGUGGGUCUUUUGCAGAAGUCAAUUCUGUGUGGAGCAAUGACAGCAGCAGAAUUGGCUCUUGAUUUCAUACCUGUGUUGGGCUCCGUAUUUGGUGGAAUUGGUUCCUUUGCAACUACGUUCUACAUGCUGAAGAGCUUUCUGAACGAGGCUGUGGAAGAUGCUGAGAAUGUUCUGGCCAAAGCUGGGGAGAAUUGAGUGUUUCAACCAGAGCAAAGAGCCACAACUCUAGAAACCAGAUUCACAGAGCAGAUGCAUUGCAUGGAUAGAACAGAACCAACAUUCAAAAACCAAUUCUAGCUUUCCCAUCUGUGAUGGACUUGCCAGCUGCUUCUUUUGGAACUGCACUCUGCCUGGUGAACUUUUUGGAGAACGCUGAAGAAGUUUUUGUGAUCAAGAGUUUCAGCUAAAGAUUGAAAUACCCAUCCAAAAAGAGUAGAGAA